AUGGAUGAGCCUGGACUGGAGUGCGCCGGGUUGGAUUCGUUCUGGCAAAUUCUGCCGAGCUGUCGGGUUGGGGAGCGGCGCAGCCUUGACCCCGGGGAGAGGGGGAGAGGGGGAGAAGGAGGGGGGGAGGAGCUGGCGGUGCUCGGCGUCUGGGCGGCUCGCAAUCGGCUGGACAUUUUGCGCGUUUUUCUUUAUGUUUCGCUGUCGGUCACUGCCAUGUCAGGGGCUGUAGCCGCCAGGAUGAGUUCGUUAGAUUUUGAGAUCAGUGGCCGAGUGCAGGGUGUCUGCUUCAGAAUGUACACCGAGGAGCAGGCUAGAAAACUCGGUGUGGUCGGCUGGGUAAGAAACACCAGACAAGGAACAGUGGAGGGACAAGUACAAGGGACAAAAGAUAAUGUAGAUUCUAUGAAGAACUGGCUAAGUAAAGUGGGCAGUCCGAGUUCUCGCAUCGAUCGGGCAAACUUCUCGAAUGAGAAGGAGAUUUCCAAACUGGAGUUCAAGCACUUCACCACCCGAUAUUGAGAAGCAUCUCUCCCCAGCCGGGUGGGAUCAUGCUGGUGUUCAAGCCCUGCUGGACAGCUCUAAUCGCAUGAGCGCUGCUUUAUUGAAAAAGCUUAUCUGUGUUUUGGACGCAAAUGCUGAAAAACCCAGUGCCAAAGAUGAAUGAUGCAGAAAGCACUCCAUGAGGAAAGACACCAGGAUCCCUGCUCUGUUAGAGCUGCAAAUUCAGAACGGGAGGAAGGGGCGUGAGGGGGAAAUCGAAGCCCAAAGCUCUGUGUGGAACAGUUUAGGUUCAUCAGAUCAAAAAUAAGUGUCUUUUGGACUCAUUGACAGUCUCAAUGAUUACUCUGUUUAUUUGGCAGUCUGGAAAAGACAAUGAGCAAAAAAUUGUAUUGGACGUAGAUUGUCCUUUGGCUGUGGUUUUCAGUUAUUUUGUGUAGAUUUCCCCCAUCCCCCAUUACCACCACCUCAAAAAGAAAAUUGAGUAAUCCUUUCAGUUAUUGUGAAACGCAGGGAAUGGCCACAAUUCUUUCUGAUGUUGUGGCCGAGUAGUAAAGAUAUUUCAAGCUUA